AUGCAAGUCCUCUAUGUCCAGGUUUGGAGUGACAUUAAAGCACCAGACAUGAUGAAUUUUGGUGAUUUUAACUCUCAUACUUGGCUUGUUUUCUCAAAUGUUGAUAGGCUUAUUGUCAAUGGAAUUGGACAAAUUGAUGGGAUUGGAAAAUCUUGGUGGGAUUCUUGUCCAAAGAAGGCUUUGGCAUUCAAUCGGUGUAACAACCUUCAGCUAAGUGGAUUGAGGCAUGUCGAUAACACAAAUAACCACAUUUCGAUUACCAACUGCGUAGUUGCCACCAUCUCAAACAUUCAUAUAACUGCACCUAAAACUAACCCUUACACCGAUGGCAUUGAUAUCAGCAAUUCCACCCCUAUUCAGAUUCACGAUUCUUACAUUGGAACUGGUGAUGACUGCAUUGCUAUGAUUAAUGGCUGCAAAUAUAUCAACAUUACUGGCGUAAAUUGCGGUCCAGGCCAUGGAAUAAGCAUUGGAAGCUUGGGAAAAAAUGGAAGUAGAGCUACAGUGGAAGAACUACAUGUGAACAACUGUACCUUCAAUGGAACUCAAAAUGGGGCAAGGAUCAAGACAUGGCAAGGUGGGUCCGGAUAUGCUAAGAUAAUUUCUUUUGUUGACAUUAUACUUAUUGAAACAGACAACCCUAUAUUGAUCGACCAGUAUUAUUGUCCACAUGACCCUUGCAAAAAUGAAUUGAAUAGUAGCAAUGGGAGGGUUUCUAAUAAGGCCCUGAAAGAGGUAGAUCUGUUCAAGUCAGCCCUUGAUGCUGAUGAUAAUGAAAACAGCCCUUGUUCAAAAAUGGCAAUUGUCACCAAUGAUGCUGCUACUGCUAAUGUUAGUGGGGAUCUAAAUCCCAAGGCAACUGACUUGGCAACCCCAACUAUGACCUCUGUGGUCAACCUUGGCGUUACUCUGGUUUUGAGUGAAGAUCCUCUAGCCGUGACAGAGAAUGAGCCAGAUAGGCAGAAAGUCGUGGCACUUGACACAUGGAAGUAG